UGUACGCACAUUUUCUAAACAAUAGCGUAGGAGUGAGCACGUUGCCGCACAGGAGGGCUUGGCGCGCGAAAGACCCGCUUCUGCAAUUCGACCAUCGAAAGUGACCCGUGUCCGCGUGUGUCUGUGUGUGUGUGGGGGGUGUCGGACGCGUGUAUUAGAAGUGAUAACGAUUUGAGGAAGUGAUUGAAAGGAUACAAUUUAUCGGUUUUGGUAUGGAAAUACAGUGCGUGAAAGUGUGAAACAAGAAGAAGGGUUGCGUGUGUGUGUGUUUUGGUGGAAGUAAUUCACCCGCAAAACAGAUAGCAGCGGGGCAACAGUUGGUUGUGGCUGCCGCCGCAUCCUUGUGCUACUACCUAGGUGAGCUGUUUCUCUGUGUGUACUGUACUGGUGUGAAGUAACCCUGGCCAGAGGAUGUAGUGUGCGCUGCCGUGUAUUCUUUACACACACACUACACACUAUUGCGUGGCGUUUCUAUCGGAGUGCAAUGCAAACAAGCUGCUGUGUUGCUGGUGUGUGGUGGUAGGGCGCGCGCUUUCUAAACGCUCCGAGUGCCGAAAUCGAAAACAAACCGCGGUUCCGCACGUGUGUAUGUGUACAUGGUGCGAAUUUUCGGAAAUCGGUGACAGUGAUAGCGGGAAAGUGUAAGUGAACCGAAUUGCUAUUGGUAUGCGUGACAAAUGCUAAGGUUUAUCUAGUAGCCGCCGUGAGCUUACCUUGCCGCGUGUGUGACAACCGACGAUCAGCCGACGAGUGUGUGCGAGUGUGUCCCCGCGAGUACUUAUCCUACGCGCUCUAUGGGGGUGUGUAUUGUUGUGUGGUAAUUGCCGCGCGUGUGUGACACACUGUAUAACCUCCGUAGAGGCAGUGCGCCCUUUUGCUAGUCCAACGCUGCUUGACCGUGUCGUCUCACUGCUUCAAUCAGCGCGUUUGCUGCAGGUCCACCUGGGCAGGGUCACCACCAGUCGCGUAGGGCUUGUUUGUGUGUCCACGACCACGGCGACCUCGGGCAAAAGUGACUAUGCUACCUCUAGAGGACUUAAAGCAUUGAAGGCUUUAGCUCUGGCCACUUGGAAAGGAUACAAACUUCCGGCUGCUACCAAAUUACACCGAAGCGAAGGUUUCGAUCUAUGUCUCUGGUUUGAUUGGAGAGUGGAGUAAAAUUUUGGAAAACUGCCAUCAUCGUCAUCUUCGAUGUGUGUGUCCUUCGCCGGCGCUGAUUGAUGGACAAAUAGGUGGUAGCGUUUCGGUGCGGUGCAGGUUUUUUUUUUGAGGCUGGCGUAACGCAAUACGCAACUGCGCCAACCGUUGUGACGACUCGACGGGCCCGAGUGGCAUUGCCAGUGGAGGUGAAAUGAAAGUGCAGUGCAACAAUAAUUAAUGCACAACCACAAGACAAGAGACGAAUGUGAAACGGAUGCGCGCAUCGUGCGGGUGCGGUACUUGGCAGUGGAAAAGUCGAACCAAAACGUGACGCGAGUACACCAACGCCAACUUCGUCGAGCCGUAGCCGUAGUGGGUGGCGGUUCAAGACGCGUGUUGGAAUGUAAUUGUAACGAGGUGAAAAAAGAAACAUCCAGACGUCGAUCGUUCUGUGUCCCACUGUGGCCGAUCUUGUUAACCCCACGCGAGUGAGAUUGUGUGAGUGUGCCAGAGCAGGGGCUUCGAAAAAUUGCAAAGAAAAGUAUCGGAAAAUCGGUUCGAACCGGGGGUAGGGGAAGGUGGCGUUAAGUGUAGGGAAAAUUACUCCAAAAUUGGUUUGUUGGUGUGCAAUAGUGUACUCGCGCUGUCUGUUUCUGUGGGUGUGUAGCCGUGAAAUUGGCCGAUAGGGGGAGAAGGUGCUGCGCGACCCAAAACCGUAUUACUAAUUUCAAUUGCUCUUCUUCUUCCCAGGCCGUGUACGUGUUUCUAAAUGUAUGUGUGCGUGUAUGUGCCCCACAGCGAGGGGUAGGGAGCGAAAAAGUGUAGUGUGAAAUAUCCAACCCCUGGCUGUGUGAGUGUGUUAGUGUCCAGUCUGUGGAAAACGACUACGGUGUCCGUAGCUUCAUAAUCAUCCCAAUAUCUACCUGCCUCAGAUGAUUGAUUGAGGUGAUCACCGUGAAGAAGAGGAAGAAGAAGACGAAGAAGUUUCCACCUCACAUCUCUCACACGGGAGGGAAAGUCUUCACCAAGCUAAACCAAAUAUAUACGUGAAAAUGUUGAAAAUACAAAUGCUCGAACAGAUCGUGACGAACGAGAACGUAAUCGACGAUGCUGAUGAUCAGCGGCACAGUGGCGGUGCUGGCCGGAGUGCCGGUGCGCUGUCACCUGGUGGGCCGUUAGCGGACGGCAGCUCCAGACCGGGUAGUGCCAACCUUAGCCCGAUCGCAUCGAAAGGUUCUUCGACGUCGGGUGGCGCUGGAGCGGACGAUGAAACGCGCAGCCUUAAUCGGAGCUCACGCUUAUCACCACAAGGGCGUCAACAUAUGGGCGGGUGGACGACGGCAGCGGCAAACGCGAAACAGAAUGGACUGUCCGCGGGCACGACCGCACCGAGCAGCAAGAGCGCCACCACCAGCCCGGACCGGUUGCGCGGCGCAACGCACGAUCUGUUCGAGCUGCUCGAGCGCGUCCAGUGCUCGCGGCUGGACGAUCAGCGCUGCGUUCUACCGUCGUACUUUACACAGGUGCGUACCGUAAGCACGGGCACAAAAACUCGAAUGGUUUGCAUUAACACACGCAGUGCCGAGGAGCGAAUCGCGAACCCGCACAGCACCAAUGAGUCGACCAACAACCUUAGCGUACAAAUUCCCCAGUCGAUGGGCGGUGGCGGCGGCAACACGCGAUCACUGCUGCGCCACUCGAACAGCAUGUCGUCGAAUCCGCACUCGAACUCGAACUCGACCCCAGCCUCGCCGCACCUGCUGUCCAACAGCUCGAGCGUCCACCUGCACCACGCCGGUGCUGGUGGGGGCGGUCUGCACCAUCACCAGCAGCAGCACCCCCAGUACCAGUCGCAAUCGUCCGUCAGCUCGCAGUCCUCCUCGAUCAUCUCGACCGUUCCGCCGGUGCAGCGGCUGCUCGAGGACGCGCUCAGCAAACCGGGACCGCAUCCGAUGAUCAUCGUACCGAACAGCGGUGGCUACUGGGUGGACGGCACGGACCAUGACGCAUCGUACGAGGUGCCGUCCCACACGACGUGGCGCGUCGGUAAGAUCGAGUCGGACGAUACGGCCAAGUGCUACCGGCGGUUCUUUAUCGCGCGCGAACACUCCAACCUGGUCGGGCACGACGACCAGCUUGGUCCGGUGCUGCUCUCGAUCAAGUCGGAAAACGUGGCCAACCAGGAGCACAUCCGGAUACUGUUGCGACUGCGCACCGGCACGAUGCACGAGCUGAUACCGGCCUCCUGUCUCGGUAGCAGCCCGUCCCCCAUCAAGAUGGCCCGGCUGCUGAACGAGCAGAUCAACGUGGACAGCUUCAUGCCGGUGCUGUGCCCGAAAGCGUCCGCGCUGAUCGCGAGCUACGACGAGCACGUGUUGGUGACGAACUUUAAGUUCGGCGUGCUGUACCAGCGCUUCGGCCAGACGGCGGAGGAGGAGCUGUUCUGCAACAGCGAGACGACGCCCGCGUUCGACGAGUUCCUGGACGUGCUGGGGCAGCGCAUACGGCUGCGCGACCACAAGGGCUACCGGGGCGGGCUGGACAUCCAGAACGGGCACACGGGCGAUACAGCCGUGUACGAUGUGUUUAAGGAGCGCGAAAUCAUGUUCCACGUGUCGACGCUGCUCCCGUACACCGAGGCCGAUCCGCAGCAGCUGCAGCGCAAGCGGCACAUUGGCAACGACAUCGUGGCGAUCGUGUUCCAGGAGGAAAACACGCCCUUCUCGCCGGCCAUGAUUGCGAGCCACUUUCUGCACGCGUUCAUCGUGGUGCAGCCGAUCGAGCCGAACACGCCGAACUGCCGGUACAAGAUCUCGGUGACGGCGCGCGACGAUGUGCCGUUCUUUGGGCCGACCCUGCCGCAACCGUCCGUGUUUAAGCGCGGCCCCGAGCUGAAGGAAUUCCUGCUGACGAAGCUGAUCAAUGCGGAAAAUGCGUGCUACAAGGCGGACAAGUUUGCGCAGCUGGAGCUGCGCACGCGCUCCUCGCUGCUGCAGAAUCUCGUCGACGAGCUGAAGGAGAAGACGCGCGAUUUUCUCGGCAUGGAUGUGGGGGGUGGGGCGGCCGGGGUGCCUACCUCGCCGACGCCCGAGACGCCCAAGUCGGAGGGGGGUUUUACCGGGUCGCGGUUUAUCGACACGGUGAAGAAGGCGCUGAACGCACGGUUACGGUCACAGAAUUCGGACCCAACGAACAAUGGCAGCGGUGGGGCAGGGAGUGUGGAUACGGCGACGGGUGGUGGUGGGGCCAAGCAUCACAACUCGAUGAAGAAGUCCAAGGAUGGGACGAGCCUGGUGUCGGACAUGCCGUGUGGACCAGGCGGAGCUGUUAAUAUUGGACGAUCGCUGUCGAAGAGCAGUACGACUGGGUCGCGCAAAUCACCGAACGAUUCGGUUGCCUCCUCGCCGGACAUUACGUCCCGCUGUUCGCUUAAUCCAACUCUCACCAACAACAACAACAAUAGUAAUGCACCCAACAACAACAACACGAUCGGAAAGAAUCACCCGAAUGGCAGCGCGAAUGGUAAUGGAGCCGGUGGCAAUGCUGCGGCCGGUGGCGCCAACAACAACAAUGGCCCAGUGGCCAUGUCCGAAACCAGUGACGAUUCAAGCUUGAACAGUGUCGAUCUCGAUCCGAUGGUUUUUCUCCCAACGGUAGAUGCUGGCGCUACGUACAUCGACAGUGACACGGGGCUGGAGUCGAUGUCGUCGGCGGACGCAACGACCAAGGCUUGCUCGCUCUGCCUGGACGGUACGGGCUCGACGAACGGUGGCGGUAGUGUGGUGAGCGUUAGCAUCAGCGGCGCGAGCGUUACGAUCGAUGGGGGCAAUGCGCGCGAACUGCGCAACAGUGGCGGUAGUGCGAGCUCGGGCACGGGAUCCACUGCUAGUGCAGGGCAGAUGGGGUGCGGUAGUGUGGUGGGCCAGGGGGCCGCAUCGGUGACGCAGGAAACGCUGCAGCAGGUCGAAGGGAUGCGGCAGGAGAUAACGCGCCUGAAAUGUGAUAAACUGGAUCUCCUUCGGCAGAAUGUGACCUGCCAACGUGACAUCAAGCGUCUACGUGAACGUGAACUAUCGCUACAGGGUGACCUGGCCGCCGCCGGCAAAGAGAUCCUUCGGUUGCGCGACCUGCUCAAGGAGUGCCUACCGACUGCCGUGGCCGAUCCGAUCUAAAGGCUCCACAUAACAGAAAACAGACACACAUACACACAUCGACAUGCCACAGGAAGCAGGAUCUUCUACUGGACGAGUUGUUUGUUUUUGUAUCGCCUUUGCUUUUGUGUACAGUACACCACUUCCCUUCUGUUUUCUGUUCGUUAUUUUUCCCUUUGUGUUAAAAACAAAAAAAAACUACCCUAAAGUAUCCUUUGUGUACAGGUACAGGGUGAUCGCGACUACACGUUGACCCGUGUAUAGAAAGUGUGUGUGUGUGCGCGUGAAAACUGAAAGUUUAAGAAGGAAUUGAAUGUUGGCGGAGGAGUUCGAAAAAUCCCAAAAUACAAGCAUGUAAGCGAGCAGUUCCCUGGUAACUUUCGUUGCAAACAUCACUCUAUUUAUUUCAGUUUACUUCGCUUUAGCAUGGAACGACAGUAGCGAUGUCUAGCAAGUCGUUAGUUUUGUUAUCCCCCCCCCCCCCCCCCACCCCAUCCCCAAAAGGGAAGGAGCAAAGAAACCAAUGAAUGGUUAGUAGUGGAAGGAAGAUGAAUGAAAAGUAUUUACUAUGUUAGAAUUAGAUCGAAAGGGCAGCAGCAGUAUGGAUAGAAGUUUGAUAGAGAGAUCUGUUUUUCUCACUCACACCUUUACGGUGUAGAGGAUGGUCUUGUACUAAGACUGUAUCUUGUAUAUAUGUGUAAUGCACUAUCGAUACGCCUAAAGCAUUCUGUCCUUGAACGUACGAAGUGAACUCACACUCUCCCAAGCACAUAAUGUUUUAGUGUGUGUGUUCCGCUUUCUCCUACUUAGAAGCAAAAAGAAAAAAAAACGGUCUACAAGACAUUUAAACUGCGUGUGGUGUAAGUGUCAAUUACCAUUUAGAGAGUAACGCAGCGAAGCAGCAGCAUUGAAAUGAGGGAACAGUUUUCCCCUUUUUAGAAGGAGAAGGAGAAGCGGAGGGCUGGAGAAGGGUAGUUUGAGAGCUGCUAAAGAGAAACCAAAUAAUCAAAGAAGAAGAUAAUAUAUAUAUAAAAACAAAACAAAACCUUGUGUAGUGGUGUAGUGUUGUGUAGUGUAUAGCGUGUUUUAGGAUUAUGUGCGGUGGGGCACACAAAGGACAAAACCAGAACUCUAUGUGUGUGUGUGUGUGUGAGUGCAGGGGAUCACAGACAAAACACUAACGUUUCUAUGUGCAAUAAUGCAACCUUAAUGGCAUAUAAAAAAACACACACAGAGAGAAAGUCUGUUCGCUGCUCUCGAGUGACACAGAAAGAGCUCAGUACAACAGUAUCAACAAACUGUUAUACUGAGCGGUUCAGUAGUGUAGUACUAGUGAAGUAGUGAUAGCAUAUGCGUGUAUGUAUGUGUAGACUAGAGGCCAGCACCACCAUCACCCACACCUCUCUCUCCCCCGGGGUUGAAAAGCAGAAAAUGGUGGUGAAAAGCAGCAGGUUCUCCUAAAAACGGGUUCUCGAUGGGUUUUAAGCUGCGCACCGCAGGCGCAAGAAGGGGCGCAGUGCAUAAUACGCCUAGACUGAUGUAGGAUGAUCGAUAGCAAGCGGUAUGGCGAGUGCUUUCCCAGUUUCAACUACUACUUCAAACAAGGCUACUUAAACGCCGGAGGCGGUUUUGGGGGGAUUUGAAUUUUGUGCCCUUACAAAGCACUCCGCCCGCCCGCCAGCCACCAACACACACACACACACACACGCAACGUGUCUUUGGAUCCCAUUUUGUCUUUUUGAUUAAGUUUAGAGUAUAGUAAAGCGAUGAUACACUACAAGAGAGUAUAAUAAGAAAAGCUACGUUUAGGUAAGCUUUUUACCGUAUGGGAUAAGAGAUUUUUCGACUUUUACAAACUUUAUGCCUCCCUUCUUCAUGUGUGUCUGUGCUCGUCCUUAAGAGCGAACACAAUUACACAAUUCUAGUAUUUUUUCCAUAUGGUAUGGUGUAGAUAAAACUGAUGGAAGAAGGAGAGAGAGAGAGUACGAGGAUAAAAAGCAGCAAACAAAUCAAACCUCAACUGCCUUUUCUGAAAAAAAAAACGUAUUUAUCCACAAUCCCAUUUUUUGCCGCACAGUGCGUUUGUGCGUAUUGUGAGUAUUGGGAUGGACUGUGUUUCUACGUCCUCUACGUAUUUUCCUUUUUCUUCUCCCCCCCCUCCCCCACCACACUGUUCGUGUUUUUGUGCAAUGAGUGCAAUGAGAAAGGAAAGGAACUGUGUAAGAACCCAUCUAGGGUGAAGUAGUAGAAGAUACAGUGUGCAGAAUAUAGUAGAGAUAAGGGUUUAGCUUUUAAUUGUUUUAUCACUACCACCACUGUACACAUUAAUCCCCCCGCGCCCCCCUCCCGAAACUAUCUUUUCCCUUUUUUUUCAAAAUGCAUCCACCUUCCCCCAGAAAAUAGACGGGAGGGACCCCCCCCCCCCCCCUCAUCCGAGUAUAAUGUUAAAUCGAUACCAAAGUUAACAACAUUCCCAAAAGAUACCAAGCAUAACGAAAAACAAACAAGCAAGCAAGCUCCCUUACUCUAUCUCUUGUGACUAUCUCAAAUGGCGGAACUGUUGUAAAAAAACCCUUUUCUUCCGUUUACGCGCAGCAGCAUCAAAGUCUCUCUUUCUCUCAUCUCUUACUUGCGCACGACACUCUUUUGCGCAACGCCUUCGAAGCCGCCUGCUCGGCUCGGCUGCCUAUGAAUGUUCAUUGUAAGUGUUGUGUGUCAUUCGGUGUCAUUGUGCACGUGUUUUGCUCGCUUUAGUGGAAUAGCCAAAUAGCCGGAGUUGUGUCAAAGCUCGCCCCCGAACCUAACCUAUCACCUAUUAUCCUUUAUACAUCAGAGCAAAAAGUACCUACCUGCAUUGUAAACAGUAUUUGUCGCUUUCUGUUGACGCUUGUUGUUGAUGAUGAUGGAUGAAGGAAGGCAGCAGCAGAAGGCCCUCAUCACGCUCUUCACCACGUGUUGGGCGGCGGGGCGCUUAUUCUCAGUGUUUUAGGAAAUUGUGGAAAUGGUAAUAGUGGUAUCCAAAACCCAAUCCAAUCCCAAAAAAGUAUUUUAGCAAACCAACACAGAUCGCAGAUUUAGUAAAUGGGAUUAUAAUUGCACGUUGUAGAGCAGCAAGAAAAAAUAACCAAAAAAAAGAAUACACACACACACACUCUCUGUAAGGCUCUAUUAAAGGCUUUAAAGGCUUUUCAAUCGAUGUGUAAAUGUGGAAACAAAACAAUCCUCUGCAAGAUGAAAAUAAUAUCCCAAAAUACAGAAAUAUUACACUCAAACCGAGCAGUAGAGAAGGUGAAUUGGUGCAGGAUGUAAAGGAGAUGGAUGGCACACACACACACACAAGGCUAGAGUGAAGGAUGAAUGCGUUUGCAUUAUAGAGACAUUAAUUGAGAGAGCUGCCGAAGAUACGUGUUUAUGGUAAAGAUUUGUUUUUGAAUGAAUUAUAACAGUUAUACCCAAGAGAAAAAGAAGGAUUAAAAACAUCCCCUUUAACAAAAGAAAAGUACCAAGAGAGAAAGAGGAAAAGAGAGCUAAAUGAAAAUAGAACCUUGUUAGAGCGAGAGAAAGAGAUGCUAUCUUAUUAUUAUUAAAAAAAAGACCUUUUUAAGAGGGCGCAAAGCAAGAACGUAUAUACCGAUAUGAAUGGGUGGGAAAAAUGCGAAAAAAUUAAGGCAGAGAUAGGGAAAGAAAAUACACAAAUACACACACUACUUCUAAACAAAACAAAACUACAACUUAAACUUACGAACAUUAGUAGAGUAUAUAUUUUAAAUAUAUCUUUCAAAAACAA